GAUAUAGUGUAGAAAAAACAUUUCAGAACUUCUGGACAACUUAUCAAGUGCUGCAUGAUUCAGAACUGCAUGUGUUUACAGCAAUAUAGGGUGAGAUUUAAUCAACAUGGCAUUUAGCUUUUUUAUGAAAGAUCAAACUGUGUGCCAACCACAAUCCCUAUCAACAUAAAAAAAUAUUUGACUGAUUCAACAUUAACACAGUUAAAUGUUUACGGUAUACAGACUAUAUGUCAAUUAUGAAAUGUGCAAACAUGACAUCCACUAGGCUGUGAAAUACCAGAAUUCAGGCGAGUUAAAACGACAAUAAACACAAAUCCAUUUCAUCAAAAGACUUGAAUACUAAUAUAUUAUAAGCAUUACUGUAAGAGAAAUAUAGGAUUUGUGCUUGCAGGUUACAACAUAUUCAGGGAUUGGAUGCUUCUAAAAGUCUUAGAUCUUUUUACUUAAGGUGAUUUUUAUUCUGUAACCCAUUACUUUCUAGGACCUGAUCAUGGGGCUCAGCAUGUUACCACUCCUGCACAUGUUUUUGCCAUCAGUUAGGUGUGUUUCAGUGUACAGAAAUAAAGUACAGGAUCAUAAAAAGCAGAAAGUGUCCACACAGUGAGCAGAGGGUGGCAGUAAUGCAGCCAACAUGACGGAUAAUACUGAGAAAGAAGAAGAACCAGAGAGCGGAUUGGUCCAAACUUUGGCGGACUUUGUCCUCCGCAGAGAGCCGCGUUUUGCAUAAGAGUCCUGAAGUGACAGCAGCUGAACUCAACAGGUGAUUCCCAUUCUGCGUGACCAGUGAAACAGAGCAACCAUGUCUUUGACUGAUGGCCACAGUGUGAGCAAAGAAACAUGGGAUUCACACAACAAGAUGAUGAUGGAUCCUCUGUCCGUCAGCGACUCUGAGGUGUUCUCCAUCAUAAAAAAAGAGAAGCACAGGCAGACGUACGGGCUGGAGCUGAUAGCGUCCGAGAACUUUGCCAGCAGAGCCGUUUUAGAGGCUCUGGGUUCCUGCAUGAACAACAAAUACUCUGAGGGGUAUCCCGGUCAGAGGUACUACGGUGGAACAGAGCAUGUCGAUGAGCUGGAGAGACUCUGUCAGAAGAGGUCGCUGGAGACGUAUGGUCUGGACUCUGACAAAUGGGGCGUCAACGUGCAGCCUUACUCAGGUUCCCCCGCUAAUUUUGCCGUCUACACGGCCGUUGUGGAGCCCCACGGCAGGAUCAUGGGGCUGGACCUUCCUGAUGGGGGUCACCUGACUCACGGCUUCAUGACUGAGAAGAAGAAAAUCUCGGCAACGUCCAUCUUCUUUGAGUCCAUGCCGUACAAGGUGAAUCCAGAGACUGGCUACAUUGAUUACGACAGACUGCAAGAAAACGCCCGGCUCUUCCACCCCAGACUCAUCAUCGCCGGAACCAGCUGCUAUUCCCGCAACCUGGACUACAGACGCCUGAAGCUGAUCGCUGAUGAGAACGGUGCGUUCCUGAUGGGAGACAUGGCUCACAUCAGUGGACUGGUGGCUGCAGGAGUGGUGCCCUCACCCUUCGAGUACUGUGACAUCGUUACCACAACGACACACAAGACGCUGCGAGGCUGCCGCGCCGGACUCAUCUUCUACAGGAAAGGUGUGCGCAGUGUGGAUGCUAAGGGGAAGGAGACUCUGUACCAGUUGGAGUCUUUGAUAAAUCAGGCUGUGUUUCCCGGGCUGCAGGGAGGACCGCACAACCACGCUAUCGCAGGUGUUGCUGUGGCUCUCAAACAAGCCAUGACUCCAGAGUUUAAGGCCUACCAGACGCAGGUUCUUGCUAACUGCAAAUCUCUAUCCAGCGCCCUUGUUGACCACGGCUACAAGAUCGUCACUGGCGGCUCCGACAACCAUCUGAUCCUGCUCGACCUGCGCAGUAAGGGAACUGAUGGAGGAAGAGCGGAGAAGGUUCUGGAAGCCUGUGCCAUCGCCUGUAAUAAGAACACCUGUCCAGGGGAUAAGAGUGCUCUGCGCCCGAGUGGUUUGAGGUUCGGCUCUCCAGCUCUGACUUCCAGAGGCUUGAUGCAGGAAGACUUCAAGAAGGUGGCCGAGUUCAUUCACAGAGCCAUCAAGUUGACCCUGGAGGUGCAGGGGAGUCUGGAUCCUAAAGCCACUCUGAAGGAGUUCAUCGCAGCGCUGCGUCAGGGAGAGAAGUUCCAGCUGCGGGUUUCAGAAAUCAAAGCCGAGGUGGAGGCCUUCGCUGGUCAGUUCCCCAUGCCUGGCCUCCCUGAGCUGUAGAGCACGCUGGACUAAUGGUUAUAACAAACAUUAUGACGCCAAAUGUUUGUGUUGUUUUGUGUGUAUAUUUGUUCUGUUAAAAUCAGGACCCAGCAGUUCAGCUUUGAACAGAUUUGUCUUAAUGGUUAAAAAAAAGAUUUGCAGACUUUAUUUUCCUCCAAAUAUCCAGUGUUGCUACCGUGCCUUUGCUGUUUUCGAAAUGGUUUGCUUUGGUCUUGGUUGUUACAUCACAUCAAAGCUUUAAUCAUAGCUGAAAUCAACAUUUAUUUUGAAAUCUAAUUACAUUUCCAAAGUUUUCCUACACACUGUACUGCAGAUUAAAGCCCAAAAUGUGACUUUCAUACAUGACCAUUGUUUGUUAUAUGCUGUAAACUUAUGUUACCUCCAAAAUAAACCAUUUUCCACACUGGUGCACUGAUGAUCAAUGAA